AACCCCACAACGACCUCCACCAGCAGCUCGCCAGCCGCCGAGCGCUCGAAGCUCGAGCUGAGCUAGCUGGACGCCUUGACCUCUCGCAAGAGACUUCUCUGCUCUGGAUUCCUUUGGUCCGUGAACGUGCGGACAUAUACACGCAUUCUACAAUGGGAGCCUGCAACUCGUGCGAGGCCACCGCGGUGGCGGCGGCGCCGGGGUCAACGUCGGCGGAGGCGAGGGUGGUGCUCUCGGACGGCGCGCUGCGGCGGUUCCCGGGGGGCACGCGAGCGUCGCAGGCAGUGAAGGUGGCAGCCGGCACGGGCACGGGCGCGUGGUUCCUGUGCAGCGCGGACGGGCUCGAGCUCGGCGGGGCCGUGGCCGCGGUGGGGGCGGCGGAGGAGCUGCAGCCCGGGCAGCUGUACUUCGUGCUCCCCGCGACGAUGCGGCGGCGGCCCCUGCAGGCGGAGGAGAUGGCCGCGCUCGCCGUCCGCGCCAGCGCCGCGCUGGUAGGUGACCACGACGGCCCGCUCGUGUUCCCCGAGGCGGCCGCGGCCGCAGCUGGAGGAGGCACCGUCACGCGUUCCGGCAAGGGGUGCCGGCGGUCGAGGAGAGGCAGCAGCCGUGGGCGAGACUUCGUGCCGGACCUCGGCGCCAUUGCCGAGUAGCCGCCGGCCGUCUAGCUAGGAGAACCAAACGGCAACCCGCGGCGGGCAGAAAAGAAAACAAAAAUCAAGUGUAGUACGUGUAAACUGAUCAACCGGAGGCUUUGACUAAUUCUAAUCUAGGAGUGGAGCUCAGCUGGCAUGCUGGUGUACGUGUAUACGCGGCAGAGCGUACAUGUAGAAUACGCGUAGGUACGUGCAUCCCCAUGUGCGAGCGUGCACCGCGAUCCAAGGGCCGGAGAACGCCCAGAGCCUGGAUGUAUGGCUGACGAACGGGACCCACAGUGGGCUGCUCGCCCUGAGCUGAGCUGUAACCACUGGGAGUCUAGCUUGGACAAUGCUCGAGUGACUUUUGGCAAUGUGGCAAUUCAACGACCAACGAGUCAACGACUCGAAUUUUCUAA